GCAGCCGUGGGGUGCUGCCACCGAGCGGCCGGCCACAUCCUCCGCAAGCGACCGCCUUACGACUUCAUAUUCCACGGCUCCAAACGCCCCACGAGCGUGUUCGUUGUGUAAGCAGCCGCUCGAGUGGGAGGGCGCCUCUCUCCAUUCUUUUCCCUUUUUAGCCGUGGCGGUGGUUUUUAUUUUUUUUAUCUUUUUGUGUGUGGUUUGUUUCCCCGCCGCGUGACGAAGUUGAGCCGGUACGAGUGACGACGAGCUCCUCGCACACACAAGCACCGCGAGGGAACGCCACCCUGGGAGCCUUUGAGGAACACAACACCCUUCGCCCGUCGAGCUUCGCCCGUUUUUUUGUGUGUUUUUAUGUCGCCCGCCGCCUUUAAGUGAAGGCGGACCGGUCCUCCUUAGCGAGUCGCCGUCGUCGGCUUCACUACCACCACCCCACCCCACCCCCGGCUGAGGAGCCUCCUCCCCGGGCAGGCUUCCCAAGUGGACCUCGACCGCCCACCGCGGUGCUCCGUCGCGGUCAUGUUAUAGUUGUUGUCUCCCCAAAAGUGUUGUGUUCUUUAUAUUUUUGGGGGGGGGGGGGCGAGGGGGCGGGAAGUGAAGUUCGGGCGAUGCUGUUAUGGCCGCCUCCGGAGCUCCAAAGUGUCCGAGGAGUGAGAAGUUGGACGAGGCGCAGGCUUUGGCCAAAAGCUGCGCGGGGAGACCCGACUUCUUGCCGUGUGACGGACUCUCCAUCUGCGCCACGCACACCCACGGAAAGUGCUUCAAGCUGCACUGGUGCUGCCACCUGGGAUGGUGCCACUGCAAGUACGUGUACCAACCCAUGACCAACGUGUGCCAGCUGCCCAGCACAGCGGUGCCCCCCGCAGCCAGCGAGUACAGCAGCACCGUGGACCUGUCGGUCUCCCUGGCCGAGCGCUUCCUCAAGUUGGCGCCCUGCUUCCGCUCGCCCCCUCACCUGGAGUCCCCCAAGUACUGCGUGAUCGCCGACCUCUUCGUGGACGACUACGUGGUGAAGCGCAUCAACGGGAAGAUGUGCUACGUGCAGCGCUCUCUGCCCCCCGCGCUGCCCGAACCGCCCCGACCCCCCACUCCCACCGCACCUCGCGACCCCCCUCAGCCGCGACCCGCCGUCACGGCCGCGCCGCCGCCGCCCGCCCGGGGCGUGCGCAGUGAACACAAACACGCCUGCCCCCUGGACAGAGUCAAGGGUCCCAAAAUGGACCACCGCUCGUCCCCGUCCAGCUCCGAGGACUCCGGCAUCAACGCGCUGGGCCUGCACUGUAUGGAAUCCUGCGAGGACGAGAGCGAGCGGGAGGACGACGAGCUGAGCACGGACGAAAACUCCAGUCCCGGAAGCCUGUGGGAUCAGGACGACAGCUCCCUGCUCUCUCCCUCCAAGUCUACCAUCGAGAUCAUCGAAAAGAUCGAAACGACUGUCUAAACCGAGCGACAACUAAGUACCGACAGAAGCGCCUGAGGAUUUACCCGAGAUGAGCCCGGAGGAUCAAACCUCCUUAUGGAGAACAUGGGCGGGGGCUUUGUCUCGUUUGUUUUCCUCUUCACGCGUUUCCCUGCAUGGAGUGAAUUUCUACUACUUUCGACCAAACAGGACACAAAGAUGAAGCACAAGCGUGUCAAGCACACGCCCGGUGGACCAAAUAGCACACGACGGAAAAUGCGAAGGACAAAAGCAAGGUGAAAGUACAAAAGGAUUGGGAGGGGCCACGCUGAAAACAAAAAACUAUGAGAACGUAAUAGUUGAAAAAUAGUCAUAUUUUUAAGGUCCGCAAUUCAACACAAACCUAAACAUUGUAACAUCAUUCAAUAUUAGUUUUUGUUUUUUUUCUAAAAACACUUUUUUGUGGUUGAUGAUGGACUGUAACAAAACAAGAAAAGAGAUUUUUGUGUGUGUUGUUCUUUCUCAGGGACACACACGUUAACGGUGACGCGAUCACAAUUGAGUGUCACUUCCUCAACAAUCUUAAUGCAGGUAUACUUUUCUACUCCUAAUAAUCAGACUUAAUUCUUCUUUUGACCCUUCACGAUAACAGAACUUUAGUUUUGCAAAAAAUAAAGAACAAAAUAAUUAUAGAGCUAUAGAGUUAGAAUUAUAGAGAUUAUAGAUUAUACAGUUACAUUUUUUUGUCCGACGUAUAACUAAGACUUUCUUGAAACAUAUGUAUGACAGCUUUUAGAGAUUCAGAUUUGGCUCUCAUAAUGUUAGGACGUUUUUGUUCAACAAAUACUUUUUUCAUUUGUGACAUUAACUUUUUCGUAGUUACUUUUCUUGUAAAACGGACUUUUUUUUUUUUUUUGCAAAAUGUGACUUUUUCCUUGCAUGCAGUAUUACAACAUAAAAUUCUGAUUUUUUUGUUUUGUUUUUGCCGAUAAAGUUUAGACAUUUUACCUUUAAUUUUCUUGUAAAAGCAUAACUCUAUUUUCAUAAACGAACAACUUUUCCA